AUGGCCCGUGCUCCAAAGACGGCACGUGCUAAGCUCUUCACGAGUUUAAGAAGAAAUUCCACGGAUUUCGGGAUGAAUCACCCAUCUCCAGCAGCUGGGAAGAAAGCCCCCAGUCCGACUCGGACUCAACCUCGUCGUUCCUCCUUCGUUCCAAAGGAGCCCGUUCGUCGCUGCUGGAAAGCCAAAUACCAAAACCCCCCUUUUUACCCAUCUUGUUUCCGCUGCAACAAUAGUGCUCACGGAGUGGGUGCUAGCAAGGAAGGGCCCGCGCCAUUGUCUAGGUUUCUUCCUUCGUUGAUUUUGCUCGAGCUGCUGGAAAGGCUAAUUUGGCAUGAUGUGCUUUCCCUUUGUUUAUUUUUUGUGCAGGUACCUAUAAUGGCAUCCGGUAAUCCACCAUUUAUCAUAAGGGAUCAUCUUUACUCCGUAGAUGACAGGUUGAAGAGAGGGAGACCACCUCCCUUGCUUAAGGGCGCCGACGAGGAUGUAAUUAUUGAUGAAGAACCAGCGCCAGAAGCUACUCCAGUGAUCGACCCCGCAUCUGUAUCAAGGUGCUGCAUAGAAAGGGGUAUGUUUCCGGCAGUUCCUUUGUUCUUUCAAUAUCCUUGCAGCACCAGCAAGGGUUGGUCGGAGUGGGUUGAUGAUGAACUGAAGAACCCGUCUACCCGUGAUAUCCUAAGCCGGGCAGGACGGUGGAGCACCGAGACACACACUUUUAUUUGUUCGUGGGGAGAGUUCACUCCCACGCUUGAGGAUGUAGCUAAUAUUUUCCAUCUCCCACUUUGCGGCAGCCAAGAUCCUUUCCACAUUGCAUUAACCCCGGAAGAUGGGCUAAAGCUUGAGACUUUGCGGAAGGGUGCUCCGACCUCUCCUAGUACCUCUCUAAGAUUCAGUAAUUGGAUUCAGUUUUUUGGGAACAGUGACCGAGAUGAGCCGUGUCGCCUUGCGGCGUUCGUGUCCUUGUGGCUCGGGAGGUUCCUCUUUUGUGAUUUUCUCAAGACUGCUUGCAUGGGAGAGUGUUUCCGUUGGCUUUGGCAAUAG